AUGAAAACAAAUGCAAAUGGACAAGAUUUUCCGAAGUGGCUGCUACAACUUGGAAGUGGAUUUCUUCAAAGCUCUCUUGAUGAUCUUUCAGAAGAUGCUAUUGAUAUUCCUGAGGCAUGCAUGUGUAACAAUUCUAUGGUAUCUAAUAUAUUUGACAAUUGUACAGCAGAAGAAAUGAAAAAUAGAGUGAUCUUAUUCCCUAAAACUUCAGACUGCUCAGCAGUAAAUGAAGAAAUUCUAAGGAGAUUGCCCCCUGAAACUAAGACAUAUCUAAGCACCGACUCAAUAACUUCUGAUAAUGAAGAAGAAGCCCAGAAUUAUCCCAUGGAGUUUAUAAACUCUCUUACACCUUCUGGAAUGCCUCCCCAUCACCUUAACUUGAAAGUUGGAGCAAUUAUUAUGCUUCUUAGAAACCUCUCUAUAACACAAGCUCUAUGCAACGGAACUCUCUUGGAAGUACUUCAGCUCCAUGAGCAUAGCAUCGAAGCAUCAAUUAUAAGUGGAUCUCAUUCUCACACGAGAGAACUGAUUCCAAGAAUCAAACUUACUCCAAGCAAUACAAACAUUCCAUGCAUUCUGCAUCGGACCCAGUUCCUAGUUUGUCUGUCCUAUUCUAUGACAAUCAAUAAAGCACAAUGGCAAUCAUUCAAUAGAGUUGGUAUACAUUUGCCAGAGCCAUGCUUCACUCGUGGCCAGCUUUAUGUAGCUUUUUCAAGAGCAAGAGCAAUGAAUGACGGUUAA